AUGGCCGAGUCGCAGCUGGCCUGCCUGGACGACGCGCACGUGAACGAGCGGCCGAGCGAGGCGCAGGCGGCCUUCCGCUACUGCGAGCGGCGACGGGCCGCGCUGCAGGCGCUGCUGGGCGACGGCGCGGGCGCGGGCGAGCGCGGCUACCGCGAGCGGCUCCGGCAGGAGCGGCUGCGGGACUUCCUGUCGGGCCCCGAGCGCCUGGCCCUGCGCGCCGCCUGGCGCCCCUACGAGGACGCCGACGCGGACGCCGAUCGCCGCGCCGCCCGCGCCCGGCCCGCGCCCGCCGAGUCCCUGGCCUACUGGCCCGACCGCUCCGACACCGAGGUGCCCCCGCUCGACCUGGGCUGGACGCGCGCCGGCUGCUACCGGGGCCUGAGCCGCGUCGCCCUGCUCACGCACCCGCCCAAGGACGACGGCGCGCCGCACCUCAAGCAGGUGGCCCGCGAGAUGAUCCAGCAGGCCCAGCAGGUGAUCGCUGUGGUCAUGGACCUCUUCACAGAUGGUGACAUCUUCCAGGACAUCGUGGACGCUGCCUACAAGCGCCGAGUCCCUGUCUACAUCAUCCUGGAUGAGGCGGGGGUGCCAUGUUUCCUGGAAAUGUGCCAGAGCCUGGAGCUCACUGACUUCCGCAUCCGGAACAUCCGUGUUCGUUCCGUGACAGGUGUUGGCUUCUACAUGCCCAUGGGGCGGGUCAAGGGCACCCUGUCCUCCAGGUUCCUGAUGGUAGAUGGGGAACAAGUGGCCACCGGAUCCUACAGGUUUACCUGGAGCUCCUCUUACCUGGACCGGAAUCUGCUCCUGGUGCUCUCAGGCCAGCAUGUGGAGCCCUUUGACGUGGAGUUCCGGGAGCUCUACGCCAUCUCGGAGGAGGUGGACUUGUACGGGCAUCUGGGCCUGGCCGGGGUGGGCAGGCAUGGCCUCGGGUACUCAGCCACCGUGGCCCGCAAACUCAUCAACCCCAAGUACGCCCUGGUGGCCAGCAACCGUCCGCCUCCCGGGGAGCUGAUGCGCUGGGCCCGGCAGCAGCGCGCAGCGGCUGAGACACCAGGGCCAGAGGAGGACACGGGCACGGGCGAGGGCACUCGGCGCCUGCAGGCUUUCCUGGAUGACCUAGUCACUCUGGAGCAGAUACUGCCGCCCGUGGAGCCCCUCCCCAGUCCAGUGCCCGCCCGGAAGGACAGUAAGGUGGUGUCACGCCUGCACGUGAACCUUAAGUCCAAGUCUCGGGGGUCUGCGUUGGCCCCAAACAGCAAAGGGGAAGCAGCGGCCAACGGCGAGGCGGGGGUGACCCCGGGCAACAAGCGCUUCAGCAAGAUCUUCGGCCAUAAGGCCAAGCGACCAGCGGCCCACAACGGCACGGCCGGCUCCAUGUCCACCGAGCAGCUGGCUGUGGGGAAGAGGCCCGCCGACGGCUCCGGCUCCAGCUCCAACAUCUCAGGUAAGACAAGCCUCAGUCCUGCCAAGACGAACAACUGUGUGAUUUCCUGAGCACAGCUGCGGACAGACCUUGG